AUGGCUAAGAUCGUUCAUGAAAAAAUGACACGACUUUGUCGAAAGAUUGUUCAUGUGAAUAACAUCAAGUGGAGCAUUCUUGAACGUGUGACAGUGUUUAAGCAGUUUUUUCAAUUCAUUUGGGACAGGAUUCUUGCUUGCUCUAUCGGCAAGCCCGUUAGGUACCGCAGAUUAAGUUGCAGGCCGUGUUCUCCACCACCGGAGGCCAUGGAAGCCGGUACAGAGUCAUUAGAGGCUGCAAGUUGUAGUGGGUUUAACACGGAUUCGGAUUUAGUCAGUUUGAAGAUUAGUUUGUUGGGUGAUUGCCAAAUUGGUAAAACAAGCUUUGUGAUCAAGUAUGUGGGAGAUGAGCAGGAGAAGAAAUGCUUGGAGAUGACAGGAUUUAAUUUGAUGGAUAAAACAUUAUAUGUUCAAGGUGCAAGGAUUUCAUUUAGUAUAUGGGAUGUAGCAGGUGAUAGCAGGUCACUCGAUCAUGUUCCAAUUGCAUGUAAAGAUGCAGUAGCAAUUCUUUUCAUGUUUGAUCUUACCAGUCGCUGCACUCUUAACAGCGUGGUUGAAUGGUACAGUCAGGCAAGAAAAUGGAAUCAGACAGCAAUUCCUAUACUAAUAGGCACCAAAUUUGAUGAUUUUGUCCAACUUCCACCAAAUUUGCAGUGGACAAUAGUGACUCAGGCAAGGGCAUACGCAAAGGCAAUGAAGGCAACCCUUUUCUUUUCAAGUGCUAAACAUAACAUAAAUGUGAACAAGAUCUUCAAAUUUAUCAUGGCUAAACUCUUUAACUUGCCAUGGACUGUAGAGAGAAAUUUGACAAUUGGAGAACCCAUAAUUGACUACUAA